CAUAUGUAGAGAAACACACCAGGUGGUAGAAAUCGAAAAUGUUAUCUUCCCUCCUGAACAUCUAAGAUACGGGUUUGCAUUAAUAGAGCUACUCGAACCGCCGAAUCUUGACGACAAAUUCGUCAAACCCAUCUGUUUGCCGUUCAUGGACCAGCUGCAUAGGCACAAUCAGACAGAAGUGUUAAUAUUGUCCAAGGGUGAUUCGUAUGAGAUUGAAAGUAAAAAGUUAACGACGGUUGAUUACCGGAAUUGCCAGCAACGAUUUUUACUAGAAAAACAUUUUCAUAGCCACAAUGAGAACUAUACGUGUGCAAUCGAGGCGGAAAAGCUUCGAAAAAUGCCAUUAUAUAGCAUGCUGGGCAGUCCGAUGCAGAAGCCGAUACGCUACGGAGGAAGCACGCGCUACUUUUUGUACGGGAUGGAUAUCGAAAAUUUAUAUGGUCAAUAUAGUAUUUUGCCUUUGAAGUAUGGUCCCUACCUGUUUGAGAGUGUUACCAAGGAAGCACUUGACUGGAUAGUGGAGAACAUACGGGUAAAAUGGCGACAAACUUCAUUCAUUAGCACAAGCAAGAAUGAACGGGUGCAUUUGAGCCCAGUUCAGCAUGCUUCCAAGAGGGCAUUGUUUAACUUUAACACCUGUGGGGAAUCAUCAAGCAACUAUCCAAUGCCAUGGAUGGGGAAUGUAUUCUCCAAUGCACCGUUUUUCAACGUAAGCAGAUGUUUGGCAACACUCAUUACCGACCAAUACGUUGUUGGUUCAGGAUAUUGUUUCAGUGAUAUUACUUCAGAAUACGUAAUUGUAUUUGGAUUUCCUAAAGAAAACCCUUUUCAAAGAGAAUGUUCUGAGACAAAUGACUCUGCAUCUUGUCCUCUUCCUAAGCAAAGCGUUACAACCCAAAGGAUCUUCUUACAUCCACGAUACAACCGAACCAACUAUGGCAACGAUAUCGCGUUGGCUAAGCUUUUUACUCCUGUGGAUACAUCUCAACCGAAUGUGAAGCCCAUCUGUUUGCCGAUCAUUGAUGAAAUACGUAGUUAUGAUACAUCGAGCUUGGUUAUGGAUAUUGGAGAUUACUCGAAUAAUCAGAUAAAACUGCUCAACGUUGAUGACAGGUUUAUACAUCUGACGGAUUGUGAAAAACGGUGGCAAGGUUUGAAAGUUAAAUUUACAAUAGAUGAGUCGAAGCAUUGUGUGAUUAAGAGACGUACGAUCGAUGAAGAAUGUGUUCGUGUAUUCGUUGGUGCAUCGCUUCACUCAUUGCAAAGACUAGAAUCGAGUGAAAGACACUUUCUGCGCGGAUUUCAAGUGAUCUCUCCAGGAGAAUGUAGUAUCUAUUAUCCUGUAGUUUACACAAACACAGAUGGGUAUUUGGAUUGGAUACUAGAAACUAUGGAGCAGCCAGUAGGUUUGCCGUUUGAUCUGCGAAAGGAACUUAUAUUUAGUGAGAAAUAAAACAAAAUCCCUUUUCACCUUUCCUGUUGGAAAGCGAGCAAUCAAAAUGGAUGUACAUCUCCCGACAACGAUCUUUUUCGGUAGAAAUGCAUGGAAACCGUACGGGUUAUUAACUUUAGAGCUGUUUUUUAAUCGAUACGUCAUAUUUUUCAUCAGAACUGGAAACGCCAUCCCAAGCCUGUUCGAUUUGUAUGGACUUCAAAUACGAGUUGUUUCUGAU